AUCGUUGGGUAUUUUUGUUGUCAUUGGCAGCACUGCGCAUAAGUCACCAGGUGUCACUCACGCUAGUUUGUUUUCUCUUUCGUGUUUCACUUGUGAACAUGGCGGUCGGCAAAAAUAAGGGAUUGUCCAAAGGAGGCAAGAAAGGAGUCAAGAAGAAGAUUGUCGACCCAUUCACAAGAAAAGAUUGGUAUGAUGUGAAAGCACCCAGCAUGUUCUUGACCCGCCAGGUGGGCAAGACGCUGGUGAACCGCACGCAGGGCACGAAGAUCGCCUCCGAGGGGCUGAAGUUCCGCGUGUUUGAGGUGUCUCUCGCCGAUUUGCAGAGCGACAAUGAUGCGGAGCGCUCCUUCAAGAAGUUCCGUCUCAUUGCUGAGGAAGUCCAAGGUAAACAAAUCUUGACCAACUUCCACGGCAUGGAAUUGACCACCGACAAGCUCCGUUCGAUGGUGAAGAAGUGGCAGACUCUCAUUGAGGCCUCCGCUGAUGUAAAGACCAGCGACGGUUACUUGUUGCGUGUGUUCUGCAUUGGUUUCACCAACAAGGACCAAGUUUCGCAGAGGAAAACUUGCUACGCUCAACACACUCAGGUGCGUUACAUCCGCAAGAAGAUGGUGGAAAUCAUCAACCGCGACAUUGUCGGCAGCGAUUUGAAGGAGGUCGUCAACAAGUUGAUUCCUGACUCAAUCGCUAAGGACAUUGAGAAGGCGUGCCAGGGCAUCUACCCACUUCAUGAUGUGUACAUUCGCAAGGUGAAAGUAUUGAAGAAGCCACGUCUGGACAUCUCCAAGCUGCUCGAGUUGCACGCGGACGGCGGCAAGGGCUCCACCGAAGUAGGUGAAGGUGGUGUCAAGGUGGAUCGUCCCGAGGGCUACGAGCCACCCGUACAAGAGACCGUUUAAGUUAAUAACUAAAAAUAAAAUGUUUAUACAAACA